GUAUCUACCUCCCAAAUCCCCCGGGAUACCCUUCAUCCUAUUCUUUUUGUUUCCCUUCUCCGCUUCCUUUGACCUGCAGCAGGCAGCUGCUCCGGCAUUUUUUAUCGUCUUAGAUUUUGUCUCGCCCUCUUUGUCUCUCCGCGUCGUCGCCUGCUAAUCCAAUGCUGUCAUCGCGCUCGUCUCAUAGACAUCACGAUCCGAUGUCUUUGUUUCUUCCGUUUAUUUUAGGCGAAACCGAUGGUACCGUAGUAUAUGAUAUAGCUGCGCCUGCUUCGCGUGUCCAAGGCUCGCCUGAAUCGGUGAAUCCAAGGGAAAUCGCAGGUUUUCGCGACCAAUUCGUCUCGUUUGCUGGCUGUUCGAAGAUGGAGAACUAACUAGCAGUCACCAGUCAAAUGCCAUUUCUUACAAGUCCUUGUAUCCUCAUGAUAUGGCUCUACAGUCUUUGCCUGCUAGUACCGGGGCACCUUGUUCAACAUCUGUGGCAUCAUCUUCCAGUACUUUCUCCACGGUUAUUGUACAUGGGCGUUUUCCUAAUGUGACACCAUCAAUUGUUCAUUCUUUGAAUGCUGAAAUCUGGUCCUCUGACCCAAUAUCCUAUUCUGGAGUAUCAGAACAACCUUUAGGGGGUAAUUACCCUGUACUACCUGCUGAAGCAACACAUUCUGCGGACCAACUUGGUGAUUUACUGAAUAACAAUGACAUUGGUGUUGAGAAACAGCCAGAUUGUGGUUCUGUUAGAGAACCUAAUGAAUCUGACGACAGAGAUGAAUGGUUAAGAUGCUUGGUGACUGGACGUUUGGAUGAUAUUAUUACUGCUGACAUGACUUUGAACUAUCCACAAAUGGCUGAAUCUGCACCAGAUUCCUCAUAUCUAAAUUCUGAGACACGGCAGGAUGAGCACAUAAUCCAUCAAUUAGUUUCAGUUCCUACAAUUCCUGGGCAGUUGUAUCCUACUGUUUCUCCUCCAGCAACUAUAAAUGUCCAUUCACCCCUCAGGACCAAGGUGCGAAGACGAUGGACUACGGAAAUGCAUGAUCGUUUCGUAGAUGCCGUCAACCAGCUCGGUGGCUGUGAAAAUGCUAAACCUAAAGCCAUUCUUGACAUCAUGAAUGUUGAAGGUCUGACACGUGAGCAGGUGAAAAGCCACUUGCAGAAAUAUAAAUUGGCUCAAGUUAGGCAUCGCCCAUCUGAAGUUGCAGGCACAUCAGUAGAUACGGCGACGUCUAAUGAAGGCAUACCUUCAGCUUCAGAUGUACAAAUACGCAUUCAAGAAUUUGCAUUACAGGUGCAGAUAGAAUUUCAGAAGAAACUUCACGAGAUGGUAGAGAGGACACGUCGUGAUUUACUCGAGAUUCACAGAAGCGUACUAGAGAAACAUGUGAUGAGUCUACACGAGCUCGAGGAGCGGCAGAAUCUCAACACAGACCGCAGCAUAUUGCAUCUUCUUCCCAGUCCAGCAGCGGGAGCAGCCGCCCCUCCUUCAGCUCUGUCGGCAGGGGGCUCCAUAGGGGUGUGCGGCGAGGGAAGCAGAACUGCAGCAUUGGUUGAAGAUGUCCAGGCGUCAGAGGCUGGCUCACUUAGCAACAAGGCAGGAGCAUGACUGCAUGACCAUCUGUUGAUCCAGUCUUCCAUGCCUGUUUCUACCUGGUGUUUUAUCUUUUGCGUCUGUAAAUAACAGUAGAACGAGUGAAAACAGUGAGGCGUAGAUACGCCUACGUUUAGCAUCAGUUGGUAGCAUGAGCUUUUGAACCCUGCAAUAAGGAUCUGUAUACAAUGAUCUGAAGAAUCACCUGUUGCAGUACCGGCAUUUCACUCCAGAUGCACAACCUGUACCCAUGGUAACGAUAUUGAUGUUUAUGUA